GGCACUUCACCUCGGCGGAGGAUUUGAACCUGCUGAUCGCCAAGAAUACACGACUGGAGAUCUAUGUGGUGACAGCGGAGGGACUGCGGCCCGUCAAGGAGGUGGGGAUGUACGGCAAGACGGCCGUCAUGGAGCUCUUCCGCCCCAAGGGGGAGAGCAAGGAUUUGUUGUUCAUCCUGACAGCCAAGUAUAACGCCUGCAUCCUUGAGUACAAGCAGAAUGGGGACAGCAUCGACAUUAUAACCCGUGCCCAUGGCAACGUGCAGGAUCGUAUCGGCCGUCCCUCAGAGACCGGCAUAAUUGGCAUCAUUGACCCAGAGUGCCGGAUGAUCGGCCUGCGGCUCUAUGACGGCCUCUUCAAGGUCAUUCCCCUGGACCGGGAGAACAAGGAGUUAAAGGCUUUUAACAUCCGCCUGGAAGAGCUCCAAGUCAUCGAUGUGAAGUUUCUUUAUGGCUGUCAGGCUCCGACCAUCUGCUUCGUCUACCAGGACCCUCAGGGUCGCCAUGUCAAGACGUACGAGGUGUCUCUGCGCGAGAAGGAGUUUAACAAAGGUCCUUGGAAGCAGGAGAAUGUAGAGGCUGAAGCCUCCAUGGUCAUCGCAGUGCCAGAGCCUUUUGGAGGCGCGAUCAUCAUUGGGCAGGAGUCUAUCACCUAUCACAACGGAGAUAAAUAUCUGGCUAUAGCUCCACCUAUCAUCAAGCAAAGUACGAUUGUGUGCCACAACCGUGUGGAUCCCAAUGGGUCUCGUUACUUGCUGGGGGACAUGGAAGGUCGCCUCUUCAUGCUGCUCCUGGAGAAGGAGGAACAGAUGGACGGCACUGUCACCUUGAAGGACCUGCGCGUGGAACUGCUUGGCGAGACAUCCAUUGCAGAGUGCUUGACCUACCUAGACAACGGAGUUGUGUUUGUCGGCUCUCGGCUUGGGGAUUCCCAGCUCGUGAAGCUCAAUGUGGACAGCAACGAGCAGGGCUCCUACGUGGUGGCUAUGGAGACCUUCACCAACCUCGGUCCCAUCGUUGACAUGUGUGUGGUAGACCUGGAAAGACAAGGUCAAGGGCAGCUGGUCACGUGCUCGGGUGCGUUUAAAGAGGGUUCACUGCGGAUCAUCCGGAACGGCAUUGGGAUUCAUGAGCAUGCCAGCAUCGACUUGCCGGGGAUUAAAGGCUUGUGGCCUCUGAGGUCGGACUCUCAUCGUGAAACAGACAAUACGUUGGUGCUGUCCUUUGUUGGCCAGACCAGGGUCCUUAUGUUAAAUGGAGAGGAAGUAGAAGAGACGGAGCUCACAGGGUUUGUGGAUGAUCAGCAGACUUUCUUCUGUGGCAAUGUGGCACAUCAGCAAUUGAUCCAGAUCACUUCUGCCUCUGUGAGACUGGUUAGUCAGGAGCCCAAAGCUCUGGUGAGCGAAUGGAAAGAGCCCAACGGAAAGAACAUCAGUGUGGCUUCCUGUAACAGUAACCAAGUCGUGGUGGCUGUGGGACGAGCCCUAUACUACCUGGAGAUCCGACCCCAGGAGCUCAGGCAGAUCAGCUGCACAGAAAUGGAGCAUGAAGUUGCCUGCCUGGACAUCACCCCUUUAGGGGACACUAACGGCAUGUCCCCACUGUGUGCAAUCGGGCUCUGGACUGACAUCUCUGCCCGCAUCCUAAAGCUGCCUUCAUUCGAACUGCUGCACAAAGAGAUGCUGGGAGGAGAAAUUAUCCCUCGCUCCAUCCUGAUGACAACCUUCGAGAGCAGCCAUUACCUUCUGUGUGCCCUGGGGGACGGAGCUCUCUUCUACUUUGGGCUCAGCCUCGAGACAGGCUUGCUGAGCGACCGGAAGAAGGUGACCCUUGGGACCCAGCCCACCGUCCUGAGGACUUUCCGUUCUCUGUCCACCACCAAUGUGUUUGCCUGCUCUGACCGCCCCACUGUCAUCUACAGCAGUAACCACAAGCUGGUCUUCUCCAAUGUCAACCUGAAGGAGGUGAACUACAUGUGUCCCCUCAACUCGGAUGGGUAUCCCGACAGCUUGGCGUUGGCCAACAACAGCACCCUGACAAUUGGCACCAUUGACGAGAUCCAGAAGCUGCACAUCCGCACGGUUCCCCUCUAUGAGUCGCCCAGGAAGAUCUGCUACCAAGAGGUAUCACAGUGUUUCGGCGUGCUCUCAAGUCGUAUCGAAGUGCAGGAUGCCAGUGGGGGCACCACUGCGCUCAGACCCAGCGCCAGCACCCAGGCCCUGUCCAGCAGCGUGAGCACCAGCAAGCUGUUCUCCAGCAGCACAGCACCACAUGAGACAUCCUUUGGAGAGGAGGUAGAGGUGCACAACCUGCUCAUCAUAGAUCAGCACACCUUCGAAGUGCUUCACGCUCACCAGUUUCUGCAAAAUGAAUACGCCCUCAGCCUGGUCUCCUGCAAGCUUGGCAAGGAUCCAAACACCUACUUCAUUGUGGGCACCGCCAUGGUAUAUCCCGAGGAGGCAGAGCCCAAACAGGGCCGCAUCGUUGUCUUCCACUACUCUGACGGGAAGCUGCAGAGCCUGGCUGAGAAGGAGGUCAAGGGGGCUGUGUAUUCCAUGGUGGAGUUCAACGGGAAGCUGUUAGCCAGCAUCAACAGCACGGUGCGCCUGUAUGAGUGGACAGCAGAGAAAGAGCUGCGCACAGAAUGCAACCAUUACAACAACAUCAUGGCGCUCUACCUGAAGACCAAGGGAGACUUCAUCCUUGUGGGAGAUCUGAUGCGGUCUGUCCUUCUCCUUGCGUACAAGCCCAUGGAAGGAAACUUCGAGGAGAUUGCCCGGGACUUCAAUCCAAACUGGAUGAGUGCUGUGGAGAUCCUGGAUGAUGACAACUUCUUGGGAGCAGAGAACGCUUUCAAUUUGUUUGUGUGCCAGAAGGACAGCGCGGCCACGACCGAUGAGGAGCGCCAGCACUUGCAGGAGGUGGGGCUGUCCCACCUAGGAGAGUUCGUCAAUGUCUUCUGUCAUGGGUCUUUGGUCAUGCAGAACCUGGGCGAGACGUCCACACCAACACAGGGCUCAGUUCUCUUCGGUACAGUCAACGGCAUGAUUGGACUGGUGACCUCGCUGUCAGAGAGCUGGUACAACCUCCUCCUGGACAUGCAGAACAGGCUGAAUAAAGUCAUCAAGAGUGUGGGCAAGAUUGAGCACUCCUUUUGGAGAUCGUUUCACACCGAACGCAAGACAGAACCAGCUACGGGCUUCAUUGAUGGUGACCUGAUUGAGAGCUUCCUGGACAUCAGCAGGCCCAAGAUGCAGGAGGUGGUGGCAAACUUGCAGAUUGAUGAUGGCAGCGGCAUGAAGAGGGAGGCCACCGUAGAUGACCUGAUAAAGAUCGUAGAGGAGCUGACCCGGAUCCAUUAG